AUGCGUGUUGGUGAUCUGGAAGGCUUGGAGGGCCGGGCUGCGGUGCUCAGUGUUCAAGUUGUUUUCGGGAAAGGAUGGACGGACGUACUCAUGCCUGUAAACCCCCUCACGGCUGACUUGUGCGUGCUCGCUGCCUUCUCACUCAUUGGAGGGACGGCGGACGACGUCUGCGCGUCGUACGGCGUGUGGCUGUCUCCGGACGUUGAUCGUGCUUGCUGUCUCACUCGUUUGAGGGGCGACGGGCAGAGGCGUCCGCGCGUCGUUAUUCAACCAUCUCAGUUAUCCGAUCUCAGUUAUUCGACCAUCUAA